UAACUUUUAUUUUAUAAGUUUAAAAUUUAUGGAAGAAAUGCACAUUGACAGGCAUGGAUAAUAAAAAACGUUUGGUUCGAAGCCGAAGUGGGCUUCGAGUAGUUAGCCUUGACGAAGAAUGUACCAGUCCCUUUGAAUUGAAAGAACCAUUUUGGGUGCCUGAUGAUGAAUCUCCUUGCUGCACUAAAUGUCAAGCUAAAUUUGACUUUCUGACUAGAAGACAUCAUUGUCGACGUUGUGGGAAUGUGUUCUGUUCCCACUGCUGUGAACAAAAAGUGCCAUUGCCCCGUAUGUGCUUUGUGGACCCUGUGAGGGUAUGUGCUGAAUGCAGAGAUGUCACAAAAAAAGAAAAUGACUUUUAUGACAAGCAUCUCAAAAUAUUAUUAGCAGGAGCAAGCUUUAUUUUGGAUGUCGAAAGUGGCUCAGGAAUGCAAGUGCCAAUAGCUUGUUGCCUUUCAAAAGAUCAUCAGGCCGUAUUGUUAGAAGGUGGCAGUGCUUGGCAACAUGAACCAAUUCCUUUGACGAAUAUUAUUUCUCUGCGGGUUGUAGGUUCAACAGGAAGCCCAGGACCUAAUUCAGUUAUGGGAUCAGUUAUUCGUUAUUUGGACUUUAAGAAAGAUGAAAUGGAGCUUCGCUUAUGUGUUAUAGAAGGCCCUAAUCGAAAACAAUCUGUUACCUGGAUUAAUGCUCUUCAAAAGGCAAGUCCUUUAAAUGUUUCAUAA